ACUUUGACUUCAGUGUGCCUGGCUCCAUGAAGCUUCACAAUCUGAUCUCCAAACUGAAGAAGUGGAUCAAGAUCCUGGAGGCCAAGACCAAGCAGCUGCCCAAGUUCUUCCUCAUUGAGGAGAAGUGUCGCUUCCUCAGCAACUUCUCUGCGCAGACAGCCGAGGUGGAGAUCCCCGGGGAGUUCCUCAUGCCCAAACCCACGCACUAUUACAUCAAAAUCGCAAGGUUUAUGCCCAGAGUGGAAAUUGUUCAGAAACACAACACAGCAGCUCGUCGUCUCUACAUCCGCGGCCACAACGGCAAGAUCUACCCGUACCUGGUGAUGAACGACGCCUGCCUGACCGAGUCACGGCGAGAGGAGAGGGUCCUGCAGCUUCUCCGCCUCCUCAACCCCUGUCUGGAGAAGAGGAAGGAGACCACCAAGAGACACCUCUUCUUCACUGUGCCCCGAGUGGUGGCAGUGUCGCCUCAGAUGCGCCUGGUCGAGGACAACCCUUCAUCCCUGUCACUGGUGGAAAUCUACAAACAACGCUGCGCCAAGAAGGGCAUCGAACACGACAAUCCCAUCUCCAGAUAUUAUGAUCGUCUGGCCACAGUGCAGGCCAGAGGCACGCAGGCCAGCCACCAG